GGCGUGGCCGCGGCCGUGGCCGGGCCGGAGGCGGUGUCGUUGGCGCCGCUGCGUGCGGUGUGGUGCGGGGCGGGAGCGCCGGGCGGCCGCUGCGCGGCGGGACCAUGGAGCUCCGAGCGCAGCCCCGGCGCCGGCGGCGGGACCCGGGACCGGAUUAGAUGAUAUACUGAUUGCAGAAGCAUAUACUAGGCUCCCCAGGGUUUGAAUGGCUGACUAAGGAUUCCUGUGGAGAGAGAUUUUGAAGUUUACCUUUAAUAGCAUGUGCAGUAAGUUUUGAUUUUGAUUGCUGUUACUCCUGAUAUCUGAGCCAAAGUGGUGAUACUACCUGGGGGAAUUUUCUGCAACGUGUAAGUCAACAGUUACAGAUCGUGAGCCAUGCCUUUAGUGAAGAGGAACAUUGAACCCCGGCACCUGUGCCGGGGAGCCCUGCCCGAAGGGAUUACCAGUGAACUUGAAUGUGUCACCAACAGUACUCUUGCUGCUAUCAUUCGCCAGCUAAGCAGUCUAAGCAAACAUGCUGAAGACAUAUUUGGUGAGUUGUUUAAUGAGGCUAACAACUUCUACAUCAGAGCAAAUUCUCUUCAAGACAGAAUUGAUCGCCUUGCUGUCAAAGUUACCCAGCUGGAUUCAACAGUGGAAGAGGUGUCGCUACAGGAUAUCAACAUGAAAAAAGCUUUCAAAAGUUCUACAGUCCAAGACCAGCAGGUGGUUUCAAAGAACAGCAUUCCGAAUCCUGUUGCUGACAUUUACAACCAGAGUGAUAAACCACCACCUCUGAAUAUUCUGACACCAUACAGAGAUGAUAAGAAGGACGGGCUGAAGUUCUACACUGAUCCUUCCUAUUUCUUUGACCUCUGGAAAGAAAAAAUGCUCCAGGACACAGAAGACAAAAGGAAAGAGAAAAGACGCCAAAAGGAGCAAAAGCGUAUAGAUGGCACCACCCGUGAGGUGAAAAAGGUUAGAAAAGCCAGAAACAGGCGCCAGGAGUGGAAUAUGAUGGCAUAUGACAAAGAGCUUAGACCCGACAACAGGUUGUCUCAGAGUGUGUACCACGGAGCGUCUUCCGAGGGAUCACUGUCCCCAGAUACUAGGUCCCAUGCAUCGGAUGUAACCGACUACUCCUACCCGGCUACCCCCAACCACUCCGUGCACACGCAGCCCGUGACCCCUUCUUACGCAGCCGGUGACGUACCGCCGCAGGGGCCCGCAAACCAGGCGCCGGAGCAUGAGUACCGACCCCCAUCUGCCUCGGCGAGGCACAUGGCUCUGAACAGACCUCAGCAGCCGCCGCCGCCUCCCCCACCGCAGGCUGCCGAGGGGUUGCAGGCCUCCGCGCCCAUGGCUCCGGCAGACUAUGGGCUGCUCCCAGCACAGAUAAUUGAAUAUUAUAACCCCUCAGGACCACCUCCUCCGCCGCCGCCCCCCAUGAUUCCUUCAGCACAAACUGCUUUCGUGAGUCCCCUCCAGGCGCCCAUGCAGCCCUCCUUCCCCUCGUCAGCUGGCUCUGCCUACACGGCCGCUCCUCCCCCGCCGUCGGCUGGGCUGGUGGUCACAGCCCCACCCCCGCCAGGCCCCCCGCCACCCCCGCCGGGGCCUCCGGGCUCCAGCCCUUCUCUCUCAUCCUCCCCAAUGCACGGCCCCCCGGGAGCUGAAGCAAAGCGACAAGAAACUGCACAGCCACCCAUAAGUGAUGCUCGAAGUGAUCUUCUUGCUGCUAUUCGAAUGGGAAUUCAGCUGAAAAAGGUGCAAGAGCAGCGUGAGCAAGAGGCCAAGCGUGAGCCGGUCGGGAACGACGUGGCCACGAUUCUGUCCCGGCGUAUCGCCGUGGAGUACAGCGACUCGGACGACGACUCGGAGCUCGAUGAGAACGACUGGUCUGACUGAGGCGGUGCACGUGCACGCCGUGGCCGCCUGGCUGGUUGCCGACGCACAGACCAUGCGUUGGAAGUCUGUGGAAAAUUUUCAGUGGUCUCAGCACCCAAAUAGUGGUAUUAUAAUCCUGUAGCUUAGCAACUUUUGUAUUAAUAAUGUGAUAUUGCUUUUGCACAUCCAAAAAUUCUGGGUUUUUUCAGUAUUUACUGUGUAAUACUUAAGUGCCACUAAACAUAGCAAAUCGUGCUGCACAUGAAGAAAUACGCUGUAACUAUUGCAUUGUCCUGAAAACAGCCUUUCGCUUCUUUUUCUUGGCCAUGAAAGUAUUUAGUGCAGUUUGGGUUUACUUUUACUGAUCGUUAUAAUUCUGCAGACUUGCCGUGUGUUUGUGAAGCUCCCUGGUGUUAGGUCUUUGCAAGAUUAAUGACUCUGUCAGAGUGAUGUCUUCCAAUCAGUAAGUGAUAUUGUUUGAUAUUGUUUCACCUUUUUUUUAAUGCGUCUCAGAAGAAGUUGGUUCUAGAGGGAAAGUUUUAACAAGUAAGGAGAAUCAAAUGUUUCUGCUUUCAGUCUCUUGGCUUGAUAGCCUCAGUGUGAAUUCGAAUGUUCCUGUGGAAUAAUUUCAUUCCUUUGCACAUGCUUGUAAAAUGUGAAGCUGGAAGGGCCCCUUACCGGCAGGACUCGCUGCGGGCGCGCGCUCAGUCCGUGCGGGGUGAGGAUUGUUCUGAGAGGUUUCAGCAGUUCGGCAGCAAUACAGAUGAAGAAGGGGGUUCUUCUGCCUUCAGGGGCCACUGGAGGUGAUACCGCAAACACUCGGCAGCCCUCACAGCUUGGGCACCAGCCCGCCAGCCGCCCUGGGUGCAGGGCAGGCCUGGCACAGGACUCCUCAGGGCCAGGCCCUCCCUGAGGCGGCUGCCGUUCUGGGCUCCUCCGCGGGCCGGCACCCCGCGCCACUUGCUCUGAGGUUCCAAAGCUCAGGUGUGGGUUAAGCGGGUACCACAGCCGUUGGCUUCUCCCGGUGCUGCAGCCAGAUGAGGAACCCGGCACUUGGCGGGGCCUCCGCUCUGCCCCAAAGCACACAUUCUCUCCCCAAGACUGUCCUCAGCACAGGAACUUGUAACCAGGCCUCAGGGUGGACGGGCCUGCAGCCGUGGACCCCUUUCCUUUCCCCUUGGCCCUUCCAGGGACUUUUCCCACGCAGGAACCCAAGAGACCGGGGGGGUUUCUCUUUCUGGUGCAGGCAGGCAGGGGGGAAGCUCGUGAAGGGGAGCCUGUGUUUUGUGAUUUUGGUGAAGGACACCUGCUUGAUUAGAAUCAGUCCCCCAGGCUUCAGUCAUAGAUGUGACUCCACAGACAUGCUGAGACGCUUCUCUCACUGAGGAGUUCUUACCAGCGCACAGCAUUUCCCAGGCAGCGCUUGGGACUGUCAUUCCCAGUGAAGGGAUCUUUAGCUAAAGGCAGGGUCGUUGGGGAGGGCUGGGGGGGAGUGUAAGCGUGGCAUGACUCAGGGAUUUUUGUUAAUGAUUCCACUGAGGAAAUGAGCCGGCCCCCAGAUCCCAUCUCUGGUCCCUGAGUGGACAUUCGUUCAGCGGGUGGGCGGCCAUCCCAUAAAGCCUGUGUAUUGGAUUUUGGUCAUGCAGAUUGUGCUCUCAGAAAAGCCUCAUGUCUGCAUCCCCUUUCCAAGACCGCGGCCGUAGCGGGCUCUCCGGGCUGUCCUGGCACCUGCCCUGUGAGUUUCGGUUCCUUGGAGCAGGUCACUAGGAUCUCACCGAAUGUAAGAAGUAGUUAUUAGAACAUUUUCCCUUUAAUUUCUCUCUCUUAUUUUCCAAUGUAGAGGCCUCCUAUGUGGCCACUCUUCUUGGGACUUCUAUGAUUUUUAGUCUUAUUUUGUCUUUAUUACAAUAUUUUGUCUUUACUGUUACUUUUGGAUUAGGAGUCAUCUGUAUCAUUCUAGAACUUCUAUUUGGUAAUGCUGCUUCUCUGUCUUACAUCCCUUUUGUUCUCAGGAUGGAGAGGACACGUAAAGCUACUCUCCAUGUCAGGAUUUCUUCUAUUUAUAUCUUAUUACAAUAAAAUUAGUGGCACUUUAUUCAUAAAUAUUCAUUAGCCUAAUGAUUAUUAGUUGUCUUCCUAGAGUUUAAUCAACAAGUUAUUUUCAACUUGAUUUUCUGACUAGUGAAAAAGCUUUUGCCCUGAUGUGUUAUGUAGCCUUUAAAAAGAUGGAAAAGUACUAAAAUCCAACUUAAGAUUAUUUUUGAGGUACUUUCUCAGCAAAUUUGAUUUAUUCUGAAAUUUCAAUCCAGACCAAUAUGGCAUUACUUGAAAAGGAAAGAGUGAGUAUUUUGAAUUUACAGUUUUCAGUUUCAAAAAAUAUUUGCCCAAACAAUGGAAAAAAGCAUUUAAAAGCAUAUUUCAUAUCUAUUGAAUUUUAUAUUUUAAAGUAGCUAUAUAUGGUAAGGUUUUUUUAAGUUCCCAGUUUUUUCCCCCAUGUAUAUUUUAAUUUAAUUUCUUAUAAGCUUUUUUCUCAUAUCAGAUUAGGAAGAGGGGAUGAGAAGAUUACUCAUCACCACACAUUAGCUACAUGAACAUAAUUGACUUUUUGUUGUUAGCCCUAAACCGUAAGAUUUGGCACACUACCUUUUUCUUUAGGAAAAGUAUACUAUUAGAGAAUUAACAUUUUUGUUUAGGUAACUUUUUAGAAUAUCAGAAUCUUUUCUGAGCACCAGUGGCUAGGCUAUGAAAGAUUUGUAAUAAUUUGCAACUGAAAUACAUGAUAUAUUUUAAUCCAUUACAGACUAGUGGGAAUGUAUCAGCCAGAGUAACAAGUAAUCUUUGUUUUAUAAAUCAGAGUAUCUGUCAUCUUGCAGUAUUACCAAUGCUGUUGUAAAUUGAAUUUAAAAUGGUAUUAAAAAAAAAAAACCUCCUGUUAAACAAUUUUUAUCUGUUUGUAUAUCUUACAACAUAUAGAUUAUGUACAAGUAACAUCUAAAUAAAAUUACACUUUUAACCUUAAAA